AUUGAUUCUUUUUAUCAUCGUAGCGGAGUGUGGAUGUGAAAAUUUCGAGUGGUGCGAUAAUUCGGUCGAAUUUCAGUGAAAAGAGCCAUUAUUUGGCUAAAGAUAGUGAAACGAUGAUGAAGAAUACACCUGGGCCUGGAUUAAAUGGCCCGUUCGCAGCAAAAGUGCGAUUUCGUUAAAAAAAUCGAUGGUGAAAAUUUCGGGGAGUGUAAAAGGGGCCUUUGCCAGGCUGAAAAUUUCACACCGUGUGAAUCGUAGUGUAAAAAUUAUACCACCAGGCCACCUGCUUGCAAAGCGGAUCAGAAUGCGAAGAAAAAAGUGAUAGUGAAAUAAUUGUCGUACAGGGAAAAGGUUUGGUGCGAUUCCAAUUGCGGAUUUGGCCUCUUUUUUCCUUUUUGUUCAUGCUGGAGCAGAGCAUUUCGGGUGAGAAAAGUGCAUGACCGUGGGCUAGGGGAGGCUACCGUGGUGGCAGAGGCCAAGUCUUGUGUUUUCUUUUCCACAGCAUCCCUACAAUCCUCGUACCACCGAUAUUACCAGUGCAAUACAUAAAGCCAAAACGGAUUCAUGAAAAUAGUUUGAACAAAUAUUUUAUAGAAAAAAGUGCUCCGACUAAAUUAAGUGCCAGAAAUAAAAACAAGUGUUAGGAGCCCUAAACGGAUAUCGUCUUCUGAUUUCUUCAUGUGGAAAACUUAGUAACUUUACACAAACCGGAUAAACUUAAGAUGGCCCUAAGUUUUCCGGCAAACGGUCACAAACGAGAAGAAACGACUUUAAAAUUAUGUUUGUGCCCAUCGCGGUUACCUGAAAUAAGCCUCUAAAGUUCUAGAAAAAGCUGGUUUAAAUUAUUGCAGUUGAAGAAAUAAUCCAAUAUACAUCGGAAGGAAACCCACGACAAAAUUGAGUAUUUUCAAUUAUCUAGACCGCGGAUUAUUCGCGGCAUAUUAUGUCUCGUGAAGCCUACAGUUCAGGUCAAGCAAUAAAUACAGGCACUAGAAGUCCCGGGCGCCCCAAUAGACGACUAACUGAACUGCCGACCGUCGAUAGGUCCCCUUCAAGAGACUACGGAGCCCGAGGAAGUCCUUUAGAACACAGGCAUCGCCAAACGCGCUCGGAAGAUUCCUCACCCUUACAUUACGGUCUGCCAUCUUAUCUCCAUCAUAAUUCUUUUACAGCCAUGGGUAGUCCAUACUACAGAGAUAUGGAUGAGCCAAUUAGCCCAGCUGGGGGUGGCCAUCAUCGCAGCAGAAGUGCAACACGUGCACCUACACACACGAUGGAGUAUCCGCGGGAGCAACUCCGAACACGUUAUCAGUCAUUGGAUAGAGGACUAGAUCCACAUGACCGAGAGUUUAUACCGAUUCGAGAACCGCGAGACCGUUCACGUGAUCGAUCAUUAGAACGAGGACUAUAUUUGGAGGAGGAGCUGUACGGCCGGCCAGCAAGACAAAGUCCGAGUCAUAUGAGUAUGCCGGACCGGGGGUACCUCGGCGAUCUGCAAGUACAGAACAAUGAUCUCCAACGUGAGCUUGGCAAUCUUAAGAAGGAACUAGAACUGACAAAUCAAAAAUUAGGUAGUUCGAUGCACAGUAUUAAAACGUUUUGGUCACCAGAGUUGAAAAAGGAACGGGCGCUUCGAAAGGAAGAAAGCGCCAAGUACAGUCUCAUCAAUGAUCAGUUGAAGUUACUGAAUAGUGAAAAUCAGAAACAAGCAAUGUUGGUACGACAGCUGGAAGAAGAGCUACGGCUCAGAAUGCGAGCUCCCAAUAUUGAAAUGCAACAGCAAAUGGAGGCAUUGUAUGCGGAAAACGAGCAUCUCCAGCGAGAAAUUUCCAUUCUACGUGAUACAAUCAAGGAACUCGAGCUAAGGAUAGAAACACAGAAACAAACUCUGCAAGCCCGAGACGAGAGCAUCAAAAAACUGCUGGAGAUGCUGCAGAGCAAGGGAAUGGGUAAAGAAGAAGAACGUCAAAUGUUCCAGCAAAUGCAAGCCCUAGCCCAGAAGCAGCUGGAUGAGUUCAGACUUGAGAUACAGCGCCGUGACCAAGAGAUAAUGGCUAUGGCUGCUAAGAUGAAAACCCUGGAGGAGCAGCAUCAGGACUAUCAACGUCACAUUUCGGUGCUAAAGGAGUCACUGUGUGCAAAGGAAGAACAUUAUAAUAUGUUACAAGCGGAUUUGAUGGAACGUAAAAUGGUUGAAGAAUUAAGAAAUCGCCUUGAGGAGAAAAACCGAAUGAUCGAGAAAAAAACUCACAAUGCGAUGCAAUCCGUUCAGGAAAAAAACCGUGCUCAAACAGAGUUAACAGAGUUAAAAGAGCACAUGGACAUUAAGGAUCGUAAAAUCAAUGUAUUGCAACGAAAGAUUGAGAACCUGGAAGAUUUGCUUAAGGAGAAAGAUAACCAAGUGGAUAUGGCGAGAGCCAGACUUAGCGCAAUGCAAGCCCAUCACUGUAGUUCCGAAGGAGCACUUUCCAGUUUGGAAGAGGCUAUUGGUGACAAGGAAAAACAAAUGCAGCAACUUCGUGACCAGCGUGAUCGAGCUGAAUCGGAAAAGAAAGAAGAACGUGAGCUGCAUGAGCGGGAACUGGCAGAAUACAAAAUGAAACUUCACACAUUAGACAGCGAAGUGGAGAAACUAACCACACGGCUCCAUCGGGCGCUCAAUGAGAAGGAUCGUCUCGAAUCAAAAUUGGAGUGUUCCCAAAGUGAGCUUGGGAAAUCCAAAGCAGAGCUUGAUAAGGCAGCAACUGAUGUUGGUCGCAGUGGAGCCGACUGGGAAAAUGCCAAGCAAAGGAUUUCAAGACUCGAGCUUGAAAACGAACGACUUCGUGCCGAUCUGGAACGCUCCCAGCAGACGACGUUUGGUAGGUCAACGUUAAGCACCUCCCAAGAACUGGAUCGUGCCCAGGAACGUGCGGAUAAGACAUCUGCUGAGUUACGAAGAACUCAGGCUGAAUUGAGAGUCACACAAGAACAGACAGUAGACAAUUUUUCUGAUGCCGAACGAGCAAGAGCCGAAGGUGCAGCCUUGCAAGAGAAAUUAGAAAAAAGUCAAGGCGAAGUAUACAGACUCAAAGCAAAACUUGAAAACGCACAAGGUGAACAGGAAAGCAUAAAACAGGAGAUGGAAAGAAGUCAAACUGGAAUACAACGAAUUGUUAGUGAAAGAGAUAAGGCUUAUGGCGAGCUGGAUAAGAUCCGCGAAGAACUGGAGCGAAGCCAAGCUACUCUCGGGAAAUCACAAUUACAGCAAGAGAAAAUCCAAAAUUCGCUGGAUAAAGCUCAAAACGAGGUUGACCAUUUGCAAGAAAAACUCGACAAAAGCAUUGGGGAAAUUAGAAGGCUCCAACUUGAAAAGGAGAAGAUCAACUAUGAGUUCGAAAACACUCAAUCACAGCUCGACAAGCAACUGGGGCAAUCUUCGCGAAUUCAAAAAGAGAAAGAAACAAUACAGAUGGAUUUGGAGAGAUACCGCGACAAGGCAGAUAAGCUGCAGGCAUCUAUGGGUCGUUUACAAAAGGAAAGGGACGUUCUAUGCGACGAGCUGGAGAAACUCAAAGAGAAAGCAGAAUUUACGCAAAGUAACGCUCUUAAAUAUCAGCGAGAGAGGGAUGCCAUUCAAACGGAACUGGAAGUGGUCAAGGAACGCUGGGAGAAAGCGCACCAAAUUCACCAAAAACUGCAAAUGGAACGGGACGAUGCGGUUACGGAAAUUGAUAUUUUGAAAGAAAAGCUGGAUAAAUCCCUAUAUGCAAGCCAGAAGCUAAUAGAGGAGAAAGACAAUUCUAACAAAGAAUUUGAAAAGAUGCUUGAAAAAUAUGAUCGUGCUCAGAAUGAAAUUUACCGAUUACAGUCAAGAAGUGAUACGGCGGAAGCUGAUCGUAAUCGCAUUGAGGUUGAAGCAGAGAGAUCCGCACUGGCCGCAGCAAAAGCUAAGGAAGAUCUUAGAAAACUACAAGAAGAAACCACUCGGUUGCAAGAAGCUUGCGACAGAGCAGCUAUGCAACUUGGUAGGUCCAAAGAGUUGGAAGAUAAAGCAAAGGAAGACGUCGAUCUCAUUCGUGAGCGACUUGAUAAAACGCAAGCAGAUCUCAGACGAGCACAAUCUGAAAAGGAUAAUCUUCAAGCCGAGAUCGAAAGACUAUCAUAUGAGCUGGAUCGAGCUCACAACAGCUAUACCAAACAAACAGCUUCACUUGAUGCCGCCCAAGAGGAGGCGGCGCGGUACAGUUUGGAGAUCGAGAAAAUGAGAGAACGAUACGAAAAAACGGCAGCUGAAAUGCGACGCCUGCAAGAGAAUGAAGCAUAUUCAAGAGAAUCGAGACGUUUGAAAGAAGAAAACGACCGAAUUCGAGAAAAAUACGAUAAAAUGAUGAUGGAGCUCGAGAACUUCCGCAGCAAAUCGCAAUAUGAAGAAGAAUCACUCGAAAAGUACAAACAAAAAUUCGAAUCACGAGAGAACGAAUUUCAGACCAUUGAGCUUAAAUUACACGAAACUACGCUUCAGCUCGAGCUCGCUCGACAAGAGGUUCAAAAACUUAUUGCCAGUCAAGAUAAACAGAGGACAGACGCUGAACGUGCGCACAUCGAAUACGAAAAGAUUCGGGAUAAACACGAGAAGCUACUGAAAGAAGUAGAACGAUUACGUCAGAAUCCUGGAUCAGCUGUUAGCCCUAGUGCACUGGCGGCAGUAUCUGCCGGUAUGGGAGACAAAGCAGAGCUGGAUAGAUUACGAGAUCGAUUGGAAAAGGCUUUACAGAGCCGAGAUGCCACCGAAAUGGAAGCGGGCAGACUCGCCAAAGAACUGGAGAAAGCACAGCUACAUUUGGCAAAGCAGCAAGAAGCUUAUGAAGCCACCAGGAUUGAAUUUGAACGAAUGUCUGCAGAGCUCACGCGUGUACUAGAAAGACUGGAGAAAUCAGAAGCCGAAAAAGAAACACUUCGGCAAUCCACUAAAAUAUACGAAAAACAUCACCAACAGCAUGCCAGUAAUCAUAUCGAGCAUAAUGCCUUGAAAAUGGAAGCAGACAACAAACAGCUGAUGGCAGAGCGUGAUCAACUGGUUAUGCAACUAGAGAAGAGUCAGGAUAUGCUAAUGAGCUUCCAGCAAGAGCUCAACGCUGCUGAGCUCGAGUUACAACGGCAAUGUGAAGAGAAUCGACGAUUGAAAAAUUCUCCGCAAAAUGCUCAUGGUCAAGCUCAAGCCAAUUCACAAGAAAUCCAGAACUACAAGAAAGAAAUUGCGCGACUGAAACAGAUGCUGCAGGAAACGGGUUCACGUGGGGAUAGUGAAUUGGAUCAAUGGCGGAAAGUGGUUGAACAAGAGAAAAAUAGAGCAGACCAAGCAGAGAAAGCGGCCAUUGAGCUGCAGAAGAGGAUGCAGGUUAUGGAGCAACAACUCAAACAACAACUUCUGCAGAUGACCAACAUGCAAAAGCAGAUGACUCAGCAGCAGCAACAACAACAGCAACAACAACAACAGCAACCACCAACCCCACAACAACCACAGAUUAGUUCGAAGGAGAUGGAAAAGGUUCAAGAAGAAUUGAAAAAUGCCGUUACUCAGCGGGACCAAUUCCAGAAUCAACUCGAGCUAUUGGUUCAAGAACUGGAAAAGAGUCAGAUCGAAGCUCAAGACGCAGCCAAAAAAGCACAGCAGCAACAACAACAGCUACAACAGAUGCAACAACAAAUCCAGCAGUUGCAGCAACAAUUGCAGCAAGCUACACAAGCGGCCAACCAGAAAGCGGCCCACAAUGCAGGUAUUUCGGAACAAGAUCGAAAGCAGUUAGAAGCACAAAUGAAACAAAUCGAGGAUGCUACCCGAUUGCUGGAAAGCGAACGGAAGACUUUCGAAGACCAGCGAAAGGCAAUCGAAAGCAAACGCAAAGAGUUGGAGGAGAAGGAGAAAAAUCUCGUAGAUUUUGACAAGCAGCUGAAGAAGCGAAAAGAACAGAUGGAUCAGCUGGAGAAGUCACUUCAGAAGGCUGGUGGAACUGCGGCGGCGGCAGGCGAAUUGAACAAACAGUUAACAGAAACCCAAACACUAUUAGACAAAACCACCAAAGAUUUGGACAAUGCCAAAGAAGAUGCUAUGAGGUCAGCAGCCGAAACGGAGAGGUUACUGCAGUUAGUGCAAAUGACACAAGAAGAACAAAAUCAAAAGGAGAAAACUAUCAUGGACCUCCAACAAGCUUUAAAGAAUGCUCAAGCGAAACUGAAGACAGCACAAACACAACCACAAGAUGCUGGACCAGCCGGUUUUUUGAAAAGCUUUUUCUAAGCAGAUGUGUAUGGACACACCAGCAGUUCGUUUGUAGCGCAAAACCAUUAUCACAAUCACCGUUGGACCUUUCAUUGUUUGAAAUGCAUUUAGCAGUAGUUUCACUUUCUUAAAUAAAAAUUUUCAGGUUCACAUGAUCAUCUUGAAUUCUUGGCAAGCUCUACAGUCUAUUGUAGGAGUGGAAUCGAUUUACCAGCAGUUACUCCCCCACUAAAUCAUUGGUUAAGGCAGCAAUCAACCACUUGUUCAUAAGCAAUAUAUCAUUUGUAAAAAAAGAAACAUCGUGAGCGUGUAUCGAUUUAGCGAGGUAAUUGUUACAAAUACAAAAUAAUACAAACAAUGCUGCCAUACUGAGUAAACUAAGUAAAAAUUAGAUAAACUACGGAAAAGUGAUAUUUACCUAGUCAAAAUCGCUAAAACUAAAUACUUUAAAAAGGCGCAUGAGAAUUCGAGAUAGUCACUCUUCUACUAUCAUAAAUAGAUAUUAAUGGUGAAAAGUAUACACGCAGGUAACGUGCAAAUCUUCCCACUUUUGCAUGCUACUAACUGUUGUUCUUUUAUUGUUGAUUUUGAGUUUCGAUUUUCCGAGGUCACGGAAACGACAUAUUGUGAGAACAAAUACAUCUCGUCUGAACAUUUCAAUCUAAAGAAUAAGUACAGUCAUUCAAUCUCAUAUUCCCGUUCCAAUACAAUACCGAAAACAAAACAAAUUCUUCUAGAAAGCGAAGCAAAACGGUAUUUUUGCUAGACCAGAACUUCAUCAUCUCCGUAAUCACGAUUCAUUGAUAUAGUGUAUGUAGUAGUAUUCAGUAGUUCUGAUUUUCACUAAAUCUUUUCCAACAAGUGCCCCCAUCUGCUAUUAAAAUAUGCGGUAGUGGGGCUAUCAUUUUCAUAGAUCAGCACCAUAAGACAUAAAUUUCAACUCCUAAGCUAACACAAUGGAAAACCAAGAAAUGUUGUUUGAUUAGAAAACACUCUGCAAACCAAAUUCAAAGAAAAAGCAAAGAAAAAAUAGACAAUAAUUUAGCGGAGCACACUGUAAAAUACGAACACACGUCAAUCGGUGAUAUAAACGGAAAGACACUGUACCAUUCAAACGACGAAAUUGAAAGAAGGCUUUUGUUAUAUUAUCAAACAGUGAACCAACAGUAUUGCAAUUCACUCAAUAUAAGCACGAUCACUAUUACCUAUUGGACUCGAUAUUCUGUAUCUAUUUCCGUUCUCUCUAAUCAUGUUUUUUACGAAUAACUGACGUCACUUGUUAAUUGAAUACCGAACAUAUUUUUCCGUUCUUGCACUAUCAGUCCUCACAAUACGCUAAAUGCUGCACCGAAUUGCCAAAUUGAAAUUAACUGAACGAUAAAUGCUUGCCUCUCUUCACUAUUCUAUGUGCCCAAAAAAAAUGAAAACUUUCACUUUCCCAAACUUCAGCACUACUCCGUCUAUCGUUUCAACUUAUCAAUCAACAAUUGAAAUUAAUACAAGAAAAUGAAACCAAAACUCAGCAUGUAUGUACGUGUAUUAUUUAUGUCUAAUGAGCAUAGUUUUAGUAGAAAAGAGAAAUUAUUACCAAUUCACAACUACAUUGACAUACAGAUACGAUAUUACUAUUGAUAACGCAAUAUUUUGAAUGCGAAGCAUACCUAAACAAAAAAAAUUAAUAUAUACCUAUAUACAAACAACCAAACACAGAACCUUAUGACGAAGUAUUGCGAAGAACAUUAAGUCGUUGAGGGAUAUUUUGUUAAAACGCCUGUUGUUACCAACCGUCAACAGAGAGUUUAUUUUUUCCGUUGUACCGCAUUAAGUAUCGUUACACGUGUAGACGUUUAUUUCGGUAAAUUCACACACUAAUAGUCAAGUACAACCACAAAUUGUUAUCAUUAUCGAAGCGAUGCACAAAGGUUUAGUAACGACGACUUUUUCACAAUCAUUAGUAAUUUUCCGGGAUAGUUAAUUUUAUUACCGCAUUAGGUGUAAAUAUAAAUAUAUAGGAUAAGUUAUUUUUAAGUCGUACUACCUGUGUCCAAAUUAAAUUGGGUACAAUAGGUAUACAAGAAAAUAAUAAUUUAGUUUCAGCAAGAGAUAAUCUAGAACGACCAAACCGGAAUCUCCCACAAAAUUUAGUGACUACGGUAAAUUGUAUAACCGCUAUAUUUGGAUGAUAAUGAUAAAUAAUCAGCACGAAACAUUUGUGCGAUCUGUGUGAAACGGUACGUUUCUACGACUGAAAACACAAAUUAUGCCUAGUUUGGAGCAUUUGAUUUGUUCAAAAUCACAACCAUCCGGAUCUUCACACAAAGAAAAUAACGUUCUUAAUCAAUUAAUGAUAAAUUUCCCUAGCUACAAACCGACGUCUGCAUUCUUCCAUUUUUACAAUACCCCAGUUUUUACAUGCACUGAUCAGAAUUCGACUUCAACAUUUUUGUGCACCUUUAAAUCGUCAAUUGUUUCUAGCAAGACAUUACACUAGAUGCAACAUGGUAUUUAUGUCGUUUCACGUAAAAUACCAAUUGGACGAUAGGUCGGUAUACCGUUUUCUCACAGAGGUUUAAUUGAGUGGUGGAGAAGGAGUGAGUGUCUUUCAAGUUUUUGUUUUAUCUAAUGUUAACAAAUUCAAAAAAGAAUAAUGUGAUUACUCUUCGACUAUCGAUUGAGUCCAUUGGUUGUCAGCUUCCCUUUCAAUCUUCUAGCUAGAUAAAUUCUAAUUGUACGUCGUUCUCUACCGAGAAGAAAUGAACGAUUCAACUUCAAAUACACUAUAAAGACAAAACUAAUACAAGUGAAAAGAUGAGGUGCGUUUUGAAAGUGAGGUGACCAUAACUUCCAAAUAAAAUAAGGCGGCAUUAAACCACCAUACUUAUCGAAUAAAUCCGAAAAAUAUAUUCCCACUCAUUCCUUUAUCUUCUAAUAUUUUAAUAGUGCCUUAUCAAAAACAACUUCAGUAAAGCACAAAAUUGCUGAAACUACCGCAAUGCCAUGCUAAUAAUUUACUAAUUCAAUAUUAAACCUCUCUACGGUAUGCACCAUGUUUUGGUACGUUUCGUACUUGAAAAUCGUAGAACAUCGGUAAUUAGACAAAAGUAUGCCCUAUAUUCAUAUUGGAUAUAAGACGAAUGAAGGAGACGCGUGGAUAGUUUCUAUAUUUUUCGCUUUUAUGCUACCAAUGCAAAUUCCUGAUAUUAAAACAUGAGGUUUCGACAAACUUCGAAGUCGAUUAUGAGCCUGGUGCAAUGAUCCUAAUGACACUAAGAAUUCCUUCUGGUCAAGGCUUGAACAAAUGCUCAUUGUCAAAUUCUCAGAUACGGCUCUUGUAGUGAAAUGAGAAGAUUUAAAUAGUGUACACUGUUGGGUGAAAGUAAUAUUACUCUGAUUGCUCAAUCUUAAUCUGUAUGUAAUAACUGCAAUUCUAUUUUUAUCUCUGAUUAUGAUUAACGACUAAGAGCUUAUUUUGAUGGCAUAUUGUCAAAAUUAAUGUGUUCAUUGAUUGAUACCAAAAAUGUCAAUCGAAAAUAGCUUAAAUUCCUAAUGAUACCAACAUGUGUAAUUGAAUUGAAUUCCUGGCAUCGUUGCACACCACACUGACUGGAGUCAUUUUUAGUUAUUGGCGGUAGGCGUAUCAGAAAGAUUCAAAGUUUUAAAACUUUCUGAAUAUUGAAAACAGACCAUAAGCAUAAAUUGCAAUUUUCAAUUUUAUUCGAAAUGGUUUCGUUAACAUGUUGAACAUUUUCCCAAUGCUGUUAAUGAUGAGAUCACACUUAUGAUGAGAACCCAUGCCAUGUUUUGUUCGUUCUAAUCUGUGUGCACUUAAGACGUUUUGCUUUAAACCGGUGUAACGUCGAUUUCACUCACUCAAACAUAAGUACAAUAUAACUGUACCUUCCGUUUGCUACACUGCGCUAGUAUCAAUGUAAAAACAAGUAACGUUAUCAGUCUUCUAUCCCGAUCAAGUUAAAAUAACCAAAUUAUAACAGAAUGCAACUUUCAUAACAAAUGUGUUAUAAAUCAAAUCUUGUUAAUGGUUAAAAUAACUGAACAUUAUAAUUAGUACCAACGGGCGUUAUAGUUUUAAUAAAAUUUUGUUGUGAUCUUCUGAUCGGGAACACUGCCGGAUAUAUUAAGUUCGCAUUAUUAGGGUCACUAUGCCGAAUUAAUCUAUCUAUGCUAACUACGAAUCAAUCAUUUCAAUAUACACCAAAGCAAAAUUUGUAUCUAUAUCGCUUCGCUGCCGUGGGAAGGCUCUAAGUGGGCCCCUGUCAUUUUCCAUACAAUUUUUGAAACAAUAUUUUUGUUAAUUUUUGAGUUCUAAAGAUAACCAGGAAUCUUGAGGAUUAAAUCAACAGUCAACCGGAAUAUACUUUUAUACACAUUCUAUUUGGCUGUGUACUAUAUUUUGUUAACUUUGUGCAACCAUCUGGUAAAAUUCAAUUUAUUCUUAAUAUAUAGCGCACAACUCGUUAAGUUCCUCAAGAUUCGUUGCCCAAACAGGGUUAAUUUGAUUUUUUCGUAAUUUUGUACAGACGAGAUUGUAUAAUAAUUUGCAGUAAUUGGAACCAAUGCCAUGAAAUAGGCUGAUGGUGACAAAGUAACAUCUCUAACGUUCACAGUUUGCUCAAAAGGAAACGAAACAGAUCAUUAAAUGAGUUAGUUAGUCAUUUGAACUAAACAAAACAGGCUUGCGGAACACUCACAAAAUGUGGAUGAAAAUUGAAUCAAAUCUUUUAUCUUAUAAAUCAGAACUAAUCCUAAUUUCUUACGCGGAGCUAUCCCAAGAUACGUUUAAAAAGUGGACCAUCACUAAACAGUAUAUUAUUACUAUAAAAUAAACACAAAUUGUUGUUACUGACGAUACAUUGAGGAAACAAUGAUUUUUGCGGAAACAAAAAAAAAUCAUACGUAUGAACUCGCGGAUGCAAGAAGUAUUACAGAUUCGUGUUAACUUCGGUACCUAGCUACAGAAAAUCACGCGAAACAUGACAAUGUAACUGACUCAACUCACAAAGAAGAUUCUACUGAAAAAAAAUAUUAUUUCACACAUUAUAAACUAUUUAGAUAAUCAUUUAUUUUCAUAGUGAUGAAUAUAUAUAUAUACAUAAAGAAUAGAUAAAGUUUAGUUUAUUCACAUAUCUCGAAUAUCACAAUUAUGAACUACACUAUAGGACAGUGAACAAAAGUCGCAUUUCGUUUGAAAAGAAGAUAACAAAAUCUGCAACAAGCUAACUGUAAUUAUAUUAUAAGUAGUUAAACUAUCUCUAAUAAAUUGAAACCCUAAUGAACGUAUCAGAGAAGAAUUUGCAGAAAAGACAUCUCUGUAUUUGGAAAUCGCAUCGCUAAAGAUUGAAACACAUCUGUAUAGAAUAGAACGAACAAAACUAGAAUUUGCACAGAGCCAAAGCUGGUACGAAUCAUAGAAUAUUCGAUUGAAAAUAACAACACACAAAAUUAAAUAGGACCGAAACGCAAAAAAGUGGUUAAGUAUUAAAAAGGACUCCAGCGAUGACAGACACAGAAGUUAUCGGUUGGUUGUAAUACAUUGUACAUCAAAAGACAAAAACAGAUCGACGCUACUUUAUGUGUGCAAAUAGUUAAGCGGAAAUACAAAUGUUAAUAAUAUUAAUAAUAUAAAAA